AUGCCCAAACAAAAAACGGAAUCGGCGUUCAUGCUGUACAGGCAACUAAUCCAACUCAAACUACAGAAGCAGUACAAAAAGAUCCCAAUGCAAGCAGUGUCGCAGAUCGCUUCAAACUUAUGGCAGAAGAUUCCAGUGGCUUACAAGUGGGACAGUGAUAAGUUGAUAAAUGCGUUAAAAUUGGAGUUGGAGGCCCUUAAGCGAGACGCUGAUAACAGUAAAGAAACAGCUUGCGAUGCAGAAUCGCCGCAUCAGUCUGAAUUGAGUGAAGAAAUUGAUGUAUUGUUGACUUGGAUGGAAAGUAACCAAGCAAUCGAUUCUCCAAUUUUCUGGAGUAAGAUGGGUAAGGUGAAGAAAUUCGUAUACGUCGAUCCAUCCAAGGGGAGUCGCAAGUCGAAGCCGAAGAAGACGCACCGCAAGUUAAAACCUCCUUACGAUCCCUCCAAAGUCUUUUUAUUAUAUCGACGACGUGUACAGCGGCAAUUGGAAACCCACCAUGGAAAGGUCCCGAUGCCAGUAGUUUCCCAAGUAGCCAGUAUUUUGUGGGGUCGUAUUCCGUCAGAAUACAAAUGGAACAUACAGGAGCUGGUGGGUCUAUUGAGGUUAGAUUUGGAUGGCGCGACGGUAAACGGUAACGAUGUAGAAUUACCACCUGAUGAUCGCCAAUCCGAAGAAGUUGAAACGUUGCUAGCGUGGUUAGAGAAUAACUGCGAACAAAACGGACUGUUUCUAUAA